AGUUUGUGCAUAUCUCGAGUUAUUUUUGUUUGUUUGUUUGUUGAACUAAAAAUCAGAUAUAAAAGUCAAAAAAAGUACAAGCCUAUCAGCCGUUUUCUCUCUACUGCUCCAUCGCACCGUAGCUCCGCCGUAACUCCACCGUAGCUCCACCGGGUCUCCAGUCUUUCAAAGAAACAGCGGGAUUGAUAGGGUAACUAGGUUAAAAACUGGGCAAAACGUCCCCUUAUGUGAAUAUGACACAAAGGGGAGGCUGUAAAUCUAGGGACGUAGAUUUCAGUUCACGCUUUUCAAAAAUUCUCUGACAUUUGCUUUAUCGCGAUAGUAUAACUUUUGGUGUUCUGGUUAGAAAUGGAGUACUAUUUUCCGAGUAAAGAGAAGGAUAAUAACGAUUCAGCUUUGCUGAGGGGUCGUAUGGAGGGUAUGACUACAGGGUCGACAGAUAAUGGUACACGUGGCUUGUAUACGGAAGACUCGUUUAACGUUGCAGAACUAAUGAAUUUCGAUACAUAUGCUGGAUGGUGUAACAGCCCCACUAAUUUGUCUGACCAGAUGUUUGCAUACUCAUCCCCUCUCACUGCUCCUUCCACAAAUUACUCAUCCUUUGAUGGAUUCAACUUCACACAUCAGUAUAAUUCAGGAAUGCCCGUAGUAGAUGAUGACAUUAUGGGGAGUCCGUUUGGUGAAGAUAAAGUGAUUUUUCGUCAAAUAGACAGCCAAAUGACCUCUGCAACAAAUUGUGCUGAUGAUGGGUAUUUGUUGGUCGAGGCGAAAGAUGAGAGCUCAAGUAAACAUGAUUUGAUAGAAAGUGUAGUGAACAAUGUGAUUCCAAGGCCUCCUGUGCUUACACUGGCCGAGAAAAUGCUUAAAGCAUUGAAUCUGUUCAAAGAGUGGUCUGGUGGGGGUAUUUUAGCGCAAUUGUGGGUUCCAAUGAAGAAUGGGGAUCAGUACAUCUUAAGCACCUGUGAACAGCCUUAUUUACUUGAUCAAACACUUUCUGGAUAUCGUGAAGUGUCUAGGUCAUUUACCUUUGCAACGGAAUCAAAACCGGGCUCUUUUCUUGGCCUUCCUGGUCGUGUUUUUGCCUCAAAGAUUCCAGAGUGGACCUCAAAUGUGAUGUACUACAAUAAAGCUGAGUACCUGCGGGUACAAUACGCUGUUGAUCAUGAAAUUCGAGGAUCUAUUGCUUUACCUAUUUUCGAUGAUGAUUCGCGUGAAAAGUCGUGUUGUGCUGUUCUAGAACUGGUUACCAUGAAGGAGAAGCCCAAUUUUGAUUUGGAGAUGGAAAAUGUUUGUCGUGCACUGCAGGUUGUGAAUUUGACAAGCACUGUACCUCAAAGACAUUGCCCCAAGAGUCUUUCUAAGAAUCAAAAAGCAGCUUUAGCUGAGAUUACAGAUGUUCUGCGUGCUGUUUGCUAUGCCCAUCGACUACCUCUUGCACUCACAUGGAUUCCAUGUAGUUACUUAAAAGAUAAUGGAGGAUGCAAUAGGAGUGCGAACAAGAAAUGUGUACUGUGCAUCGAGGAUUCUGCCUGUUAUGUGAACGACAAAGAUAUAAAAGGCUUUGUACAUGCAUGUGCUGAACAUUAUCUGGAGGAAGGACAAGGUAUUGUUGGGAAAGCGCUUCAAUCAAAUCACCCCUUCUUCUACCCUGAUGUGAAGGAAUACCAUAUAAGCGAGUAUCCUCUUGUUCAUCAUGCCCGGAAAUUUGGCCUAAAUGCUGCGGUUGCAAUCAAGCUAAGAAGUAUUUAUACCGGUGACGAUGACUAUAUACUAGAACUGUUUCUUCCUGUUAAUAUGAAAGGAAGUAAAGAGCAACAACUCUUGCUCAAUAACCUCUCCAGUACAAUGCAGAGGAUAUGUAAGAGUUUGAGGACAGUGUCAGAUGCCGAUUUGCACGGGAUAGACAAUUCAAGAGAUAAAUUAUACGAUGUGGAAACUAGAAAGUCACCAGCAAUAUCGUUAUCGAGGAGGAGUUCUGAGCAGUCGCUUAUUAGUGGGAAUAUAUGCACCAUUGAUCCCAUGACUCAAAAUAUAUCUGAAUCAGUACCCAUAGUAAUAGAAGCUGAUGGGACUCGCGGACAGACGAUGACUGGAUCAAGGAAACAGACGGAGAAGAAGCGAAGUACAGCUGAGAAGCACGUGAGCUUAAGUGUUCUCCAACAAUACUUCUCUGGUAGUCUUAAAGAUGCUGCCAAAAGCAUCGGUGUGUGCCCAACGACUCUCAAAAGGAUAUGCAGGCAACACGGAAUCUCAAGAUGGCCUUCUCGCAAAAUAAAUAAAGUGAACCGUUCUUUGAGGAAAAUACAAAUUGUCCUGGACUCUGUUCAGGGUGUGGAAGGAGCACUCAAGUUCGAUCCAACCACUGGAGGGCUCGUGGCCUCAGGCUCCAUUAUUCAAGAACUCGACUCUGGCAAAAGAUUCGCAUUUUCCAACAAAGAUCAAUCAAUCGAAAACCCUAAUAAUCCGGCAGUAAUCCACAACUCAAAAUCCACAUCAUACAUGGACUUCGAAACCACCACCGUGAAAAUGGAAGAGGAGUGUCUAUUAGAUGGAAACCAAGUGGUGGGUGAGUGUCAAAACAAUGUGAUAUGGCCAACUUCUCCGAAUUUUCUAGCAGUGCCUUCAAAAUCCCAUUUCAUUCAUCAGAACUCGAGCUCCAUUAUUGAAGCUGGCAAUGAAUUAGAUGUAAAAGAUGAUGCUGGAAUGGAUAGAGGCGAUGGAAUUGUCGAGCACACCCAACCCACUUCCUCGGGCAUGACGGACUCCUCAAACGGUUCUGGAUCCGGAUCCGGAUCAGGAUCCGGGUCGUUGAUGAACGAUAGCUCCUCGAGUUCUCGAAGCUUCCGAAGAGGGCAUAUUCGUAAAAACGAGACGAGCUGUGGCGACAGUGGCUCGAAGAUUGUAGUGAAAGCGACUUACAACGAAGAUACGGUUCGGUUUAAAUUCGAGCCUUCUGCCGGGUACUUUCAACUGUACGAAGAAGUGGCGAAGAGGUUUAAACUGCAGGUAGGGCAAUUCCAGCUCAAGUAUUUGGACGAUGAAGAGGAAUGGGUGAUGUUGGUUAGUGACUCCGAUUUGCAAGAGUGUCUCGAUAUUUUGGAUUUUGUUGGCACUCGAAAUGUGAAGUUUCUUGUCCGUGAUGUGGCGAGCGGUGUAGGAAGUUCUGGUGGCAGUAAUGGCUUCUUGGGGGAGGGGUCUUGAUAAAUUAUCUACAAUGAAGAUUACUAUUAUUAGUUUUUUUUCUCUUUCUUUUUUUUAUUAGUUGAUGCCAUGUUUGUACUGCUGUACAUGUGUUUGUAGAAAUUAUGAAGGUUGUAGAUGAGAGGUGUUAGUUUUUUUUUUUGUGCGGUUAGAACUGCAAUAGAAAGAAAAAAAGCACUACAAUGUAACAUCUUAAAAUAGAAUUUUGUUUUUUGAUUAAUGUUCAUAUUUCCUUAUGUUUAAUGAUA